GGCACCUGGCUCCCUCGGGCGCUCGGAGUUUCUGACUGGCCUGCGCAGCACCCCAGAGGCAAGGUGAACGCGAGGGCCUUUAAUGCAAGAACCAAGGCAAUUCACACCCUGUCUGGGAGAAAGAGGGAAUAAAGACUCCUCAGCUGCAGCCCGGCAGCGUAUUCCGACCCAGGGUCCCGGAGCUUUCCUGCGCGGUCGGGUAGUUACACUAGUGGCCGAGACUUCUCAGGGCUGCGGCAGGCCGUCUCGAGUGCUUCCGCCAGGCCGUCUCGAGUGCUUCCGCCACACUCAUCAUGGCGGUGGCAGUAUGUCACUUCCGCCCGGGACCGGAAGUGUGGAAUACUGCGAGCAUGGAGGUGUCGAAGGUGAGGCAGGACAUGCCCCCACCGGGGGGCUAUGGGCCCAUCGACUACAAACGAAACUUGCCGCGUCGAGGACUGUCGGGCUACAGCAUGCUGGCCAUAGGCAUUGGAACCCUGCUGUACGGGCAGUGGAGCAUGAUGAAGUGGAACCGUGAGCGCAGGCGCCUACAGAUUGAGGACUUCGAGGCCCGCAUCGCGCUGAUGCCACUGUUACAGGCAGAAACUGACCGGAGGACCUUGCAGAUGCUUCGGGAGAACCUAGAGGAGGAGGCCGUCAUCAUGAAGGACGUGCCCGACUGGAAGGUGGGAGAGUCUGUGUUCAACACAACCCGCUGGGUGCCCCCCUUGAUCGGGGAGCUGUAUGGGCUGCGCACCAUGGAGGAGGCUCUCCAUGCCAGCCACGGCUUCAUGUGGUAUGCAUAGGCCCUGUGCCCUCCGGCCACCUGGAUCCCUGCCCCUCCCCACUGGGAUGGAAUAAAUGCUCUGCAGACCUGG